AUGUUGACAACACCAACCUCGAGAGACAGAAAUUUCUCCCCAUCUAGUGGAAGCAACACAUCUCCUACAACUUCAGAGAUGAUGACAUCACCAGCUUCAACAGACACCAGUGUACAAAGCACAAGGCAAACAUCACCAGCUGUAACAAGAAAUAUCACUCCAGUGACCUCAACAGUCUCAAUGACAACUGGACUAGAGGAACAAUCAACCUUACCCUCUUCCACCACUUCUACUGAGGAAACAUCAGCAUCUUCUCAGGACCACCAGACUCACAGCAUGGAAACCACCAAAGAAACUCAAAGCACCACCAUCACAGAUGUGACCACAUCAACUCCCUCAUCAUCCCCAAGUGGACACACUCUUACAGAAGGCACUCCCCAGGAGACAUCCUCUUCAGGUGAAACAACCACUUCAUCCCCAGCCAGUGUGAGCCACACACCUGCGACAACAUCAGAAAUGUUGACAACACCAACCUCGAGAGACAGAAAUUUCUCCCCAUCUAGUGGAAGCAACACAUCUCCUACAACUUCAGAGAUGAUGACAUCACCAGUUUCAACAGACACCCCUGUACAAAACACAAUGGACACAUCACCAACUGUAACUAGAAGUAUCACUCCAGUGACCUCAACAGUCUCAAUGACAACUGGACUAGAGGAACAAUCAACCUUACUCUCUUCCACCAUUUCUACUGAGGAAACAUUAGCAUCUUCUCAGGACCACCAGACUCACAGCAUGGAAACCACCAAAGAAACUCAAAGCACCACCAUCACAGAUGUGACCACAUCAACUCCCUCAUCAUCCCCAAGUGGACACAUUGUUACAGAAGGCACUCCCCGGGAGACAUCCUCUUCAGGUGAAACACCCACUUCAUCCCCAGCCAGUGUGAGCCGCACACCUGCAACAACAUCAGAAAUGUUGACAACACCAACCUCAACAGACAGAAAUUUGUCCCCAUCUAGUGGAAGCAACACAUCUCCUACAACAUCAGAGAUGAUGACAACACCAGCUUCAACAGACACCAGUGUACAAAGCACAAGGCAAACAUCACCAGCUGUAACAAGAAAUAUCACUCCAGUAGCCUCGAUAGUCUCAAUGACAACUGGACUAGAGGAACAAUCAACCUUACCCUCUUCCACCACUUCUACUGAGGAAACAUCAGCAUCUUCUCAGGACCACCAGACUCACAGCAUGGAAACCACCAAAGAAACUCAAAGCACCACCAUCACAGAUGUGACCACAUCAACUCCCUCAUCAUCCCCAAGUGGACACACUCUUACAGAAGGCACUCCCCAGGAGACAUCCUCUUCAGGUGAAACAACCACUUCAUCCCCAGCCAGUGUGAGCCACACACCUGCGACAACAUCAGAAAUGUUGACAACACCAACCUCGAGAGACAGAAAUUUCUCCCCAUCUAGUGGAAGCAACACAUCUCCUACAACUUCAGAGAUGAUGACAUCACCAGCUUCAACAGACACCCCUGUACAAAACACAAUGGACACAUCACCAACUGUAACGAGAAAUAUCACUCCGGUGACCUCAACAGUCUCAAUGACAACUGGACUAGAGGAACAAUCAACCUUACUCUCUUCCACCAUUUCUACUGAGGAAACAUCAGCAUCUUCUCAGGACCACCAGACUCACAGCAUGGAAACCACCAAAGAAACUCAAAGCACCACCAUCACAGAUGUGACCACAUCAACUCCCUCAUCAUCCCCAAGUGGACACAUUGUUACAGAAGGCACUCCCCGGGAGACAUCCUCUUCAGGUGAAACACCCACUUCAUCCCCAGCCAGUGUGAGCUGCACACCUGCAACAACAUCAGAAAUGUUGACAACACCAACCUCAACAGACAGAAAUUUGUCCCCAUCUAGUGGAAGCAACACAUCUCCUACAACAUCAGAGAUGAUGACAACACCAGCUUCAACAGACACCAGUGUACAAAGCACAAGGCAAACAUCACCAGCUGUAACAAGAAAUAUCACUCCAGUAGCCUUGAUAGUCUCAAUGACAACUGGACUAGAGGAACAAUCAACCUUACCCUCCUCCACCACUUCUACUGAGGAAACAUCAACAUCUUCUCAGGACCACCAGACUCACAGCAUGGAAACCACCAGAGAAACUCAAAGCACCACCAUCACAGAUGUGACCACAUCAACACCCUCAUCAUCCCCAAAUGGACACACUCUUACAGAAGGCACUCCCCAGAAGACAUCCUCUUCAGGUGAAACAACCACUUCAUCCCCAGCCAAUGUGAGCCACACACCUGCGACAACAUCAGAAAUGUUGACAACACCAACCUCGAGAGACAGAAAUUUCUCCCCAUCUAGUGGAAGCAACACAUCUCCUACAACUUCAGAGAUGAUGACAUCACCAGCUUCAACAGACACCCCUGUACAAAACACAAUGGACACAUCACCAACUGUAACGAGAAAUAUCACUCCGGUGACCUCAACAGUCUCAAUGACAACUGGACUAGAGGAACAAUCAACCUUACUCUCUUCCACCACUUCUACUGAGGAAACAUCAGCAUCUUCUCAGGACCACCAGACUCACAGCAUGGAAACCACCAGAAAAACUCAAAGCACCACCAUCACAGAUGUGACCACAUCACAUCCCUCAUCAUCCCCACGUGGACACACUCUUACAGAAGGCACUCCCCAGAAGACAUCCUCUUCAGGUGAAACAACCACUUCAUCCCCAGCCAGUGUGAGCCACACACCUGCGACAACAUCAGAAAUGUUGACAGCACCAACCUCAACAGACAGCACUGUAGGAAACACAGGGAGCAUAUCACUUUCUGUAACUAGAAAUUUUGCUCUAGUCACUUCAGCAGUCUCAAUGACAACUGAAAUAGAGGGGCUAUCAACAUUGCCCUCUUCCAGCAUCUCUCCUCAGGAAACAUCAGCAUCUUCUCAGAACCACCAGACUCAGAGCACGGAGACCACCAGAGAAUCCCAAACGAGGACCAUCACAGCAAUGAUCACAUUAAGUCCUUUAUCUUCUCCAAGUCGACACACUCCUAUGGAAGUCAUUUCUCAGGAGACGUUCACUUCUGGUAAAACAAGCACCUCAUCUCCUUCCAGUUCCAGCAUUAUAUCUCUCAGAGCAACAGAAUUUUUGACAGCACCAACCUCAACAGACACCACUGUAAGAAGCACAAUAGACACAUCACCUUCUGUAACUAGCAAUUUUCCUCCAUUCACUUCUAAAGUUUCUACAACAUGGCAGUCAGUAGUACAAUCAACUCCACUCUCUACCAGUUCUUCAACUCCAGAAACAUCUACGGUUUUUCACACCCACCAGAGCAAAGGCACAGAGACCACGGGGUGGCCGUAUACCAGAAGCGCAAUCUCUACAGGUAUUUCUCAUGAAACAAUUACUCCAGGUAAAACAACAACAGUCACUUCCUCAUCCUUCAGUGACAGCCACACAGCUCAGUCACAAAAAGAACCGUUGUCAACACCAGUAGCUGCCACUACAUUAAUCGCAGAAAGAACAUAUACUUCCCCAGCUAGUACUUCUUGGGUUUCAUCUAAGGUCUCAACAAUAGGCGAACAGAAAGAGCCUACCACACACCGCUAUCUGAGCACAUCUGCUCAGCAAACAACAGCGGCGUUCUCCCAGCCUCAUUGGACACAAGGGACAGAGACCACCGGAGGUACUCAUGUCAGCAGCACAAGCUCCAAUAUGACUCAAACCACUGAAAUAGUCACAUCCACAUCUCUUUCAUCCAUACUAAGUGGACACACAUCUCAACAAACUGUAACAGCAGGCCCAACAAGGCAGUCAACACCACUCUCUGCCAGCAUCUCUCCUCAAGAAUCAUCAGCUAUUUCCCAAAUAGGUCCCACUCAAGGCACACAGACUGCACAAGAAUCCCAAACCGUGAGUUUAUUCUCCCCCGUGAUGAACACAAUCAAAACAGUCACAUCUGCAACUUCUUCAUUCGAACCAAGUGGACACUCGCUCUCAGAAAGUGUGCCUCAGGAUACGUCCACCACAGGUGAAGUGACAACCUUCAUCCCAGCACCCUCCAGGGAGAACCACACAACUCAGGCCACUACCACUACCACAGGACUGUGGACAGCACCAACCUACCCCGACACCACGCUGGGAACUUCAGGUGGCACAUCAUUUUCCAUAACAAGCACCAUUCCUCAGGCCACCUCUGUCGUCUCAACCUCGGGAGGCCAAGGAGGACAAUCAACAUCCCCUGCUACCAGCGUCUCACUUGACACAACAUCAGUCAUUUCCCAAACCCAUCAGACUCAAGGCACAGCGACCACUGGAGAACCACAAACCAGUACGUUGGCCUCCUUGGUGACAGACACCACCUUGGGGGGCACAGCUCCUGCUUUGUCAUCCACAGCAAGCAGCCAAAUAACUUCAGGAAGUGCUCCCCCAGAAACAUCUACCUCAGGUAAGAUCAAGAGUCUCUCACCAACUUCCUCCAGGGAAAGCCACCCAACUCUGUCAAUGACCAAACUGUCCACUGCAACCAGUCCUGACACUACUCCAGGAACCACAGGACUGGGGUCCGUUAUUGUCUCCAGCACCAUUUCAACCAUCAUCUCUGAGGUCUCAACAACAGGGAGACCUACAGGACAGUCAAGCCCAGCUUCUCCCAGCACCUCUCCUCAGGAAACCUCAGCCAUUUCCCAGAUGGCUCAGACUCAAAGUACAGGAACCACCAAAGGAUCUGAAACUGUCAGUUCAGUCUCCCAGGUGACUGAAACCUUCUCAGCAGUCACAUCUCCACCUCCUUCAUCCACAUCAAAUGUACACACAUCUCCACAAACUGUUACCCAUACACUGUCACCUUCAGGCACCAUCACCUGGAGCUCCACCACCCUAUUCACAGGUCACCCCACUCAUUUGUCUGUUACCAGCACUUCUCCACCAUCCACAGCAUCCUUAAGCUCCUCCGUGAAGACUGAGACAUCAGGAACAAUCGUAACCUCACAGAAGACAGACAGUGGGAGAAGCGCAGCAACAUCUCUACCCUUAACAACCUCCCAGACCCUUACCAUGUCCACUGCUGGCACUUCCAGAGGCACCCACUCAACAGCUGCCCCAGUCCCUAUCAAGCCCGAGAAAGGCGUUUCCCUCUUCCCCUACGGGCUGCGUGCCAGAGACCAGGAGUUUGUCAAGAGGACUGUGGACUUCACCUCGCCACUCUUCAAACCCCAGAUUGGCUUCCCCCUCGGCUCCUCUCUCCGGGAUUCCCUCUACUUCACAGAUAAUGGCCAAAUCAUUUUUCCGGAGUCAGAGUACCAGAUUUUCUCCUACCCCAACCCUCCCCUUAGAGGCUUUACAGCCUGGGAUCCUGUGGCCCUGGUGGCUCCAUUCUGGGACGAUGCUGAUUUCUCCAACAGCCGGGGAACCAUAUUUUACCAGGAAUACGAGACUCUCUAUGAUGAAUACAACCUGCUAGUGAGGGAGGUGGAGUCUUGGAUUAAAAUGUUAACAAACACCCAGAACUACAAAGCCAGGUGGACGCUAAAGGUCACGUGGGUCCAUGCCCCCGCCUAUCCUGCCUGGGGGACCAUCGGGACCAGCACCUACCAGGCCAUCCUUUCCACAGACGGGAGCAGGUCCUACGCCUUGUUUCUCUACCAAAGCGGCGGUAUGCAGUGGGAUGUGACCCGGCGCCCAGGCAACCCCGUCCUGAUGGGCUUCUCCAGUGGAGAUGGGUAUUUCAAAAACAGCCCGUUGACAUUCCAGCCAGUGUGGGAGAAGUAUCGUCCAGACCAAUUCCUGGAUUCCAACUCAGGCCUCCGAGGGCUGCAAAUCUACAAGCUACACAAAGAAGAAAAGCCCAACUACCGUCUCCAGUGCCUGCAGUGGUUGAAGAGACAGUCUCAGUGGCCCAGCUGGGGCUGGAACCAGAUCUCCUGCCCGUGUUCCUGGAGGCAGGGACUAUGGGACUUGAGAUUCCAGCCCAUCAACAUAGCCUGGUCGGGCCUUGGCAGCAGGCAGCUGUGCAGCUUCUCCUCCUGGCGAGGGGGCGUGUGCUGCAGCUACGGACCCUGGGGAGAGCUUCUCCAAGGCUGGAGAGUGCAGAGUCCUUGGCAGUUCGACCAAGAACUGGAGCCGCAGAACUGGUGUUGCCAUUUCAAUGACAAGCCCUCCUUCUGCGCCCUGUACCAGCUCAGCAGGCCCCGCGUCAGCUGCGCUGGGUACCAGCCCCCGAGGCCAGCCUGGAUGUUUGGGGACCCCCACAUCACCACCUUGGAUGGUACCAAUUACACCUUCAAUGGGCUGGGAGACUUCCUGCUGGUCCGGACCCGGGAUGGAAACUCCUCCUUCCUGCUGCAGGGCCGCACUGCCCAGACCGGCUCGGCCCAGGCCACCAACUUCAUUGCCUUCGCCGCUGAAUACAACUCCAGCAGCCUGGACCCCAUCACGGUUCAAUGGCUCCUUAAGCCCAGUGACACAAUCCACGUUCGGCUCAACAACCAGACUGUAACAUUUGAGACUAACCGUGAAGAUGCAAAAGGCCAGGAGAUGUUCAACACCUCUGGAGUUGUAAUGACCCGCAAUGGCUCCAUGGUAUCAGUCAACUUUGAUGGGGCAGUGACCAUCUCAGUGAUCGCUCUUUCCAACAUCCUCCAUGCCUCCUGCAGCCUCCCGGAGGAGUAUCAGAACCGCACAGAGGGCCUCAUGGGCUUCUGGAACGGCAACCCAGAUGACGACUUCAGGAUGCCCAAUGGCUCCACCCUUCCCCCAGGGAGCUCCGAGGAGAUGCUUUUUCACUAUGGAAUGGCCUGGCAAAUCAACGGAACAAGCCUUUUUGGCAAGAGGGACGACCAUUUGCCUUCCAACUUCACCCCUGUCUUCUUUUCACAACUGUCGGGAAACAAAUCUUUGAAUGAAAAUUUGACCUCCAAGUGUAAUGGAGAUAAACAAUGCAUCUACGAUGCCCUGGCCACAGGAAACAAAAGCCUUGGACUAUACACUGGGAUGCUCUUUAGAAGAUACCAGCAGAUGAACACCACCCUGAAUCAGUACCCCCCCUCUAUUGAGGGUCCUGAUGUGAUGGAAGCCUACAUGGGACAGGCCAAGCUGGUUAAUUGCACCAGCAACACUAAGGACGUCACAUUCACUCUCAGAAACAACUACACUGACUUCAAGCUCUUUGAGAAUGGGACAUUGCUAUGGACACCAAAGUUGCUGGAACCAUUUACUCUGGAGAUUCUAGCAAGAAGUGCCAAGGACAACUUGUCAUCUGUACUCAAGCCAAGGACGGUGGUCUGUGCGUGCAAGGCAGAGAGCCAGUGUUUAUACAACCAGACCAGCCGGGUGGGUGAUUCCUCCCUGGAGGUGGCCGACUGCAGGUGUGACGGGAACACCUUAGGCCGCUACUGCAACCGCUCCAAGGACCCCUGUGACGAGCAGUGCUUCCCGAAUGUGAAGUGCAUUUCCGGGAAGGGCUGCGAGGCCUGCCCACCGAACCUGACUGGGGAUGGACGUCACUGUGCACCUCUGGAGAACCCUUUCCUCUGUCAGAACAAGUCCUGCCCUGAGAAUUACUGCUACAACAACGGCCACUGCUACAUCUCCCAGGCUCUGGCCUGCCAGCCCGCCUGCACCUGCCCCCCAGCCUUCACCGACACCCGCUGCUUCCUGGCUGGGAACAAUUUCUCUCCAACCGUCCGUCUAGAGCUUCCCUUAAGGAUCAUCCAUCUCUCGCUCAUUGAAGACGAAGGUGCCUCCCAAGCAGAUGUCAAUGCCUCGGUGGCCUAUAGACUGAGGAACCUGGAUGUGCGGGCCUUUCUCUGGAACAGACAAGUGGAUCGAAUUGAGCCCCCAAUAGCACUGGCCUCAGGAAGCUCCCUUCACCGCUGGAACAUCAUCUCGGAGUUCCAGUACCGCCCUGGGGGCCCUGUCAUCGACUUCCUGAAUACCCAGCUGCUAGACGCAGUGGUGGAGGCGUUCUUAACUCCAUGGAGGAGGUGGAAGAGAAGUGCGGGGCCCAGGAACAACGUGACCUUCCACCCCAUCUGCAGGAGGGACGUGUACAGUAUGAUGGCUCUGAAUGUGAGCACGCUGGAAACUUACUUCCAAUGCAGCGGAUACAAGGGCUACCACCUGGUCUUCCGCCCCCAGAGCGGCUUCACCUGCGUGUCCCCCUGCAGUGAGGGCUACUGUGAGCACGGAGGCCAGUGCCAGCACCUGCCCGAUGGGCCCCGCUGCAGCUGUGAGCCCUUCUCCAUCUACACGCCCUGGGGCGAGCGCUGUGAGCACCUGAGUUUGAAACUCGGCGCCUUCUUCGGGAUCCUUUUCGGGGCCCUGGGCGCCCUCCUGCUGCUGGGGGUCGUGUUGUUCGUGCUCCUGCGCUUCUGGGGCUACUCCGGGACCCGUUUCUCCUACCCGCUGGGCUCCUAAGCUGAGGCCUUGCCCCGAACGGGCUGCUGUGGCCUAUGA